AUGCUUUCAUCAUCAGAUAAAUCUCAAUUGCCAUUUCUACGCCGUCAUCAUCUCCUACUCAAAACUCAUUAUUUUCUUUUCUUCUCUUCAUUUGGUAUUAUUUUUCCAAUAUUAAACCUUACUCUUCGUUCUCAUGGCUUAUCCAAUACAGAAAUCUCGUUUUCAAACUUUAUACUACCAUUUCUCGUCUUUUUCACCAGUCCAUUAAUUGGUGUGAUCGCCGAUAGAUCCCGACGGUUUAUUUUAACUUUCAAUCUUCUAUUACUUCUCGUUAUUUUGACAAUGACAACUUUAUUUUUCUUACCUCGUAUUCAAUCUCAUCAUAUACAAGCAAAUUUACGUGAUGGUCCAUCAUCGUCUUAUCUUCUAGACUUCUGUGCUAGUCAAGAAGUUGUUUCGAAAUGUUCAUCUAGAUCAGAAUGUGGUUGUGCAUACCAAGCACACUGCAUUACGCAGAAUCAAACACUGAACUUUUCGUUUACAAUGAAUUCUUACACAACAGAGAGACAUUUGUAUGAGAACGAACAUGUUUUAUGUGACAUUAACUAUCAAGUACCCGUUGAGAAUCUUUCUAUUGGAAAAUACGCCUUUCCGCUGAAAUGUCAAAUAACUUGCUCAAUACCCCACUUUUGUCAUGGAUUACGAUACGAUAAGCAAACGAUUUAUGUUUUACUCUAUGCGAUUUUUUAUACUCUCGGUGCAAAUUUUCUCUCGAUUGGUAACGUCCUGACGGCAUCGAUCGGUUUUGCCAGUCUACCUCGUGCUGAUCUGUUUGGAAAGCAGCGUGUUUGGGGAACCAUUGGUUUCGGUAUUGCAGCGUUCAGUGCCAGUCGAUUUUAUGAGUAUUUUCAUAGUGAAUAUGUUUAUAUAAUAAUGUUUGUUAUUUGUGCGGUGCUAACUAUUCUGAUAACGUGUUUUAUACCAAUCCGAACAGCUGAGAAGGCAACUGAGAAGAAACAAGCGAAAUUUGGUCUAUCAGCAUUGAUCCCGUUAAUGAAAAAAGUUGAUGUAUGGAUCUUUCUUUCUAUUACCUUCGUUUGGGGAAUGGGCUUCGGAUGUCUUCAACCCUAUUUGAGUUUGUAUAUUGAUGAAAUAACCCCGUGUCAUUCUCGCUCAAUUAUCGGCUGGAUGUUACUCAUUGCUGCAUCGUCCGAAGUGAUUGCUUUCUAUUUUGCAAGAAGAGUAAUUCAAUUUUUGGGUAGUAAUUUAUCAUCAAUAGUCAUCUUUUUGGCGUUUACUAUUCGAUUCGGUGGAUAUUAUUUUCUUCCUCAACCAUUUUUAUAUUUGCCUAUUGAAAUCUUACACUUUUUCAAUUAUGGUAUUUUGUAUGUUCUAAUCUCCGAAAAAGCCGAUGCCAUUGCACCUGCUGGCCUCUCCGGAACACUUCAGGGGAUUGCUCAUGGCAUUACACAUGGUUUAGGUCGUGGCGUUGGUUUGUUGGUCUCUUCGUUCAUCUACAUUGCUAUUCACCAGCGCCUGCUCUUUCUCGUUUUUGCCAUCAUCAAUCUCCUUGCCGCAAUUAUUUAUUCAAUUUAUUUCUUUUUUACGCGACAAACCGCAAAUCAAAACCUUUCCGUCGAAGCAAAUGCUAAUAUUAUUAUGCUCGAAGCAGAUUCCGGACCUUUACAAUCAUCAUCCAUGUUGAACGAUAACUAA